AUGAAAUCAAACAAUCUACCAGUUGACCAGAAACAGAGGAAAUUAACUCAAUUAGCAUCAACACACAACCAAUAUCAACCAUUUUCUUCUUAUUAUCUUUGGUAUCUAAUAGACAGAUUUCAUUUUAUCAUUGAUGAUAUUCAAUCAAUUUUAACAUUUACGAAAAACACUUGCUUUAAUGAAUUUGCGAACGAAUUUAUGAACGAAAGACAAAAGGCUGAAUUAGAAGGAAAUAAAGGAAAAAGUUUAUUUUGCAAGAUUUCACUUAAUGGAUCAUAUGGUUACGAUGCAAUGAAUACACAAAAUUACGCAAAGACUAAAAUAAUGAAUGCACAGAAGGCACGCGUUGCAUGUAUGUCAAAUAAGUUUAAAAACAUAAGAGAAAUAGGUGAAGAUACGUAUCAAGUGAUGCUUAAAGAUAGAUUUUAUAGAUGUGAUACAUGUUUACAAGAGGCAUUCUUCACUUUAGAUAACGCAAAAUACUGGUAUUUGGUUUUCAUUUAUGAUUUUAUGUAUAAAUGCAUGAAUGUUAAUCGUUUUCAUUUCAUUGAAGGUGAUACUGAUUCAUCUUAUUGGGCAAUCGCUGGCGACCCAAAUCUUCCUAACACUCAAGCAUUUCAAGCAAUUGUUACUGAUAAACAAUUUUAUGAUAAAAACAUUUACAAAUUCGCACCUUUUGAUUUCUUUUGUUUUAAUGAGAAAUUUAAACCUAAAUUAAAGAAUAAAGCUGAAGAAAAAGCACAUGAGAAGAAGUUAUUGGGUUUAGCAAUUGAGAAACAAGGUGAUAACAUGGUUGCUUUAUGCCCCAAGUGUUAUACAUCAUUCAACGGUUCAAUUGAGAAGGAAAUAAAGGAAAAAGUUUAUUUUGCAAGAUUUCACUUAAUGGAUCAUAUGGUUACGAUGCAAUGA